AUGAGACGUUUCGGAGGUAUCAAAUCGGUUGGGCCUAUUCGACGGCAGUUGCAAUGGCAUCGUCCCGUUGUUGAAAGAGUCAAGGUUGAACUUUCUAAGCAGACUUCAGAUAUUUCGUCUUCUGCGGAGGUACGUUCCCCAACGCCACCACCAUCACUUUCAAAUUUACUAAUCGACGCGGAUUCUGCGUAUCGCACGGAAACAUCGGAUUCAAGUCCAUCAUCUAUGAAUUCGUGUAGUGAUCAUCUACAGCAAUCAGUUUUACGAAAAAGUUGUCCAGAUCUAAGAAUGCCCAGUCUUACCACUACUCUGUCUAAGAGUGUAGAAGGGUAUCGAGCACAAAAUCGUACGCGUAGAGCACGUGAGAAAAAGCAAGCAGCUUUAUGGAAACAAAAACCUUUGACUUACUUACUGUUUAUUUUGAAUAACUGUUUUAUGUUACAGAAAUGGAGCUUAGAUGAUGUACUACUGUGGUUGCAGCACUGUAAAUUGGAUGAUGUUGCAUCGAUAAUGAUUGGAUACGAUAUCAAUGGAACAGAUGUGGAUCGGUGGAACGAUGAAAUUCUUGAACAAUUGGGUGUAUUGGAAGAAAAAACAAGAACAAAAAUAAUGAAUGAACUACAAAUAAUAAAAGAUCGAGACGUGAAAAUUCCACUGUGUGUGGCAAAUGCUGCGAACGACAUCAAACCUAAACAGAAGAAUAAGCCUCGAGUACCACUCUUUAGACUAGUUCGAUCAACUAGUUAUGAUAAAGUAGUAGCAGUAGAAACACCACUAACUGCUCGAGAUAUAACGGUAGCUGAGGGAAGAUUUGGUUGUUUGCAAGUCACCAAAGUCAAUGGUGCAAAUAUACCGUUAAAAGAACAAGACUGUUUUUUGGAAAUUAAUGAAAUGCCUGGACAGGCAUUUCGGUCGCCCUUAAUGUUUACAAAAUUAGUCACUGAAGCAGCUGGAAAACCUAUCAAAUUAGUUGUGCUAAGGAAAGGUCUGCUAGCUACGGGUAGUACUGAUGGAGAUUAUGAUGAUGAUUAUGAUGAUAUUUCAAGUCGCGGUGGCACUUUUCCCGAUAAAAUCCUCCAGAAUCUUGAUCAGGAAUCGUCGGCAAGCAGUGGAGUUUCGUCGAAUGAGUUAUCUUCAGAGUCAGUGCCACUCAGUGAUGAUAACAAAUCUCAAGUUUUGAGGUUAUAAUA